AUGAGCGUCAGCGCGCGUCUCCUCUCACCAGCCGCGCUUCCGCGCGCGACCCCGGCGCCGAGGCGCGGCGGCCGAUCGGACCCGCCGCGCGCGCGGCGUCGGGUCUUCGCGUCAUCGACGAUCAUCGACGACGACGACGCGUCCGUGUCCGCGUACGACAGGGCUCGACUCGAGGCGGACGCGAGCGCCAUGCGGGCGCAGCGCGAGAGGAUGACGGACGCGCUGGAAAGGAAGACCGCCGACGUAGACGAUGCCGCGCGGGACGACCCUCACGGCGAGUGGAAGUGGGCCAUCCGCAAGCGGAUAUGGGACCGGAUGGAGGACACCAACGUGGCGCAGUUUCCGAGGCCCGUCCACCACCGCAUCCCAAAUUUCGUCAACGCGGACAAGGCCGCCGCGAACCUCACGGCGCUCCAGUGCUUCAAGGACGCGAAGUGCGUCAAGGUGAACCCGGACACCCCGCAGAAGGCGGUGCGCAGGGCGGUGCUCGAGGCUGGCAAGACCCUCAUGACACCGCAGCCCAGGCUGAGGACGGGAUUCUUCUCCAUCCUCUCCGAGGAACUCGUCCCGGCAAUCGCCGCCGACGCGGAGGUGCUCAAGAAGUGCUGCACCUCCGCGGGGGUCGCGUCGCACGGCGUGCCCCUCUCCCUGGACGAGAUGCGCGACGGACGGAAGUGCGACCUACUCGUGAUUGGCUCGUGCGCCGUGGACGUGAGAUCGGGCGCGAGGCUCGGCAAGGGUGAGGGGUUCGCCGAGCUCGAGUACGCCAUCAUGCGGAUGAUGGGGACGAUUGACGAGUCGACGCUUGUGGUGACGACGGUGCACGACACUCAGCUGCUCGACGGCGGCGAGAUCGACACGCGCAGGCUGCUGAGACACGACGUGCCCGUCGAUCUCAUCGUGACGCCGACGAGGACCAUCUGGAUCGAUAAAGCCGCGCAGCCGGCGAAACCCGAGGGGAUAUACUGGGACAUACUGAGCCCGCAGAAGCUGGCGCAGGUGAAGGUGCUCAGGGACCUUCGAGCGGAGGUGGAGGCUGAGCUCGGGGAGACGCUACCCACGGGUCCCGACGAGACGCUGCCUCCGCUCGCCGUCCGCGCGGAGAAGAAAAAGAUGAGGGAGGUGUCGCGAGGCGGGGGCGGGGGACGGGGCGGGAGACGGGGCGGGGGCAGGGGCGCGAGGCGCGGACGUUUGUGA